GUUCAAAUUAAUGCAUAGUUGGGGGAUGAGACUCCCAAGCCUAGAGAUGAGGAAGGGGAGGCAGAAGGCGGGCGAUCAAGCAGCCAGCCAGCCAGCCAACCAGCCACGCUCCACCGACUCACACCAGACUGAACCUGCAUAUUCAGCAAGUCCUCUCUUCUGAGAGAGCGGUGCACAAAGGGUUAAGCAGCAAGGGCUAGAGAUUCCUAGCAAGGCCCCAACCCUGAUCCAAGGUGGGGGUGGGGGCAGGAUGUGAUCUGGGGCAUCCCCUUCCUGGCUUGGCUCCUCCCCCAGAAUCUGCCUUUUGAACAUGCAUGCCUAAUUAGCCUCCCCAGAGAGGCAGAGGCUUUGACGGAGCUGCGUUCCAGCUGAAGCAGGUCUGAGUGAAGGCAAAAGUCUUGGUCGGGGAUUUAGCCCUUGGACAACUCGGAGAGAAAACAAGAGUUAGGGAAAGGGCUUAGAACCUCAGACAGCUCCGAGGAGAGGCAGGAGAGACUGAGCUGGAGCCUAACACCAGAAGAGGAAAAGCACAUCGCACCAGUUACAUCAUUGUCAUUUCUUCUAGAGUUCUUGGUGCUGCCGUGUUAUCUUUGUGAGGUCACACAACAAUGAAAAUGGAGGAGCAAGACCCCAUCGCCCUUACCUUAGGGGAGGGAUCAGGCAGAACAGGAGAAACCCCUCAUCUUAUUCAGGUUCAGAGUACUGGGGAAGAGGUUAAACAGGAAUCAGAUGAAGGGACGCUUCCACACUGGGACCCACAAUGGCAGGAGUUCCUGGAAUCCUCUCACGCCGGCUGGGGAGCCCCGCAGUUACCAGAGGAACCUGCCCCAUGGAAUGACACUACCACUUUCCUGGCCUCCUUUGAGCAAGUGGCCGAAGCCUGUCAGUGGCCCAGAGAAGUGUGGGCAACCCGACUCCUGCCAGCCCUCAGUGGAGAAGCCGAGCAGGCCUUUAGCAGGCUGGAUGCUGAAGACAGAGAGGAUUAUGGGAAGGUGAAGGCAGCCAUCUUGCAAGGAGACACCAUGAGAAGGGAGAAGCAACGUCAACACUUCCGGCGUUUCUGCUACCAAGAGGCCGAGGGGCCCAGAGGGGCUUACAGGAGACUGCAAGAACUUUGCCAUGGGUGGCUGAAGGUCGAGAGACACUCCAAGGAGCAGAUCCUGGAGCUGCUGAUCCUGGAGCAAUUCCUGGCCAUCCUGCCCCCGGAGAUCCAGAGCUGGGUGAGGGAACAUGGCCCAGAGACCUGUUCCCAGGCAGUAACCCUGGCUGAAGAUUUCCUACUGAGACAGCGAACGGCCGAGAGACAGGAAAACCAGGCCCUGCCGUUAUCGGCUGCCCCACCCUCUGAGCAAGAGCAGACUCCAGAGCGUGAAUCCAGGAGGAGGUGGCUGCGUGGGGAGCCCAAGCAGGAGGGUGAAGAAGGAAAUGAAACUGAAAGCAUAAGAGAAACUGUGGUGGAGAACUUCCUGCUGGAAGGCCUUCCUUCAGAAGAAGCAUUGGAAAGUUCACUAGGAGGAUUCCGAGAGAAUAUUUCCAUCCUGACGGAGCUGGCUGAGAGGUUUGUGUGUGAGCAUGAGGAUGAGGCAGAACCCUGUGAGAUUUCUGCAGAAAGAACUGAUGAUCCAGAAGUGGAGGAGGACUCCAGGAAUCCAAAUGGACCCAAGACACAGCAGGAAAAAACAGCAGAAGCAAAGGAGAACAGGGGGAAUGCAUGGGUUGUUUGCCAGGUCAAAAGUUGUCAUGAAACUCCAAGCCAACAGAAAAUACAGACGCCAAAGAGAAAUUGCCAGGGGUCCGGGAAAGGCUUUGCAUCUACAGCAGGGCUAAGGAAACAUCAGAGAGUCCACACAGGAGAAAAACAUUACCACUGCGUGGAGUGUGGCAAGAGCUUCCACACAAGCACCCAGCUCACAUUGCACCAGAAGAUCCACAUGAGGGAGAAGCCGUACAAAUGCCUGGAGUGUGACAAGAGGUUCAUCAGCAAACCGGCCCUUAUUUCACAUCAGAGUAUCCACGAAGGCAAAAAGCCCUACAGAUGCACCAAGUGUCGCAAGAGCUUCAGCUCAAGCACGUGCUUGAUUGAGCAUCGGUGCACGCACACUGACGUGAAGCCGUACAUGUGCCUGGAGUGCAGCAAGACCUUCAGGCGGAAAGACCAUCUCGUUCUGCAUCAAAGAAUCCACACGGGGGAGAAACCUUACCACUGCCUGGAGUGUGGCAAGAGCUUCCGCACAAGCACCCAGUUCACGUUCCACCGGAGGAUCCACACGGGGGAGAAGCCCUACAAAUGCCUGGAGUGUGACAAGAGGUUCAUCAGCAGAAAGGAACUUAUUUCUCAUCAGAGAAUCCACGAAAACAAAAAGCCCUACAGAUGCUCCAAGUGUCACAAGAGCUUCAGCUCAAGAGCGUGCUUGAUUGAGCAUCAACGUGCGCACACCGUGAGGCCGUACGUGUGCCUGGAGUGCGGCAAGACCUUUAGGCGGGGAGACCAUCUCGUUCUGCACCAAAGAAUCCACACGGGGGAGAAACCGUAUCAGUGCCUGGAGUGUGGCAAGUGCUUCAGGCAGGCCUCCAACCUCACUUUGCAUCAAAGAAUCCACACAGGAGAGAAGCCCUAUCAAUGCCCGAAGUGCGAGAAGAACUUCAGCAGCAAAUCAAGCCUCACUUUUCAUGUCAGAAUUUGCCCCAAGGCAAAACGCUAUAAAUAAUUGGAGUGUGGAAAGGACUGUAUGCAGGCAUUCACCUACAGAAUAGAUAUAUCACACAAAGAAAGCUUUUUGCUGGUCAAUGACCGAAUAAACUUAUAACUAACAAAGAAAGCUUUGCCCAUGCACAGAAGAACUACCCUGUUUAUGCAAAUGUGAGACAGGAGGGCAGUUCACAGGACCAUCAACUGGGCAGGAGAUGAGUCUUACCCAAUUUUGGGAGCUGGGCAUGCUCCUGUUUUGUGAUCAUUGUUUGAUACAAACAAGUUAGGUGAUGAGGAGUAGAGGUUUUUCCAUCACAUCUCUAGUGAGGAGCUUGAUUUUCUGUCAAGCCCCAGCUGAGUAGGAGAAAUGGCCUUGUGGUUACAAGCAUGAAUUGUCCCCCGUGCUAAGCAGGAUCUGCCCUGGUUUGCAUUUGAAUGGAAGAUUAUAUGAGAGCACUCUAGCUUAUUCCCUUAAGGGGAUGGGGCAACUCUAGGAAGAGCAGAAGGUCCCAAUUUCCUUCCCUGGCAGCAUCUCCAAGAUAGGGCUGAGAGAGACACCUGUCUUCAGCCUUGGAGAAGCCACUGCAAGUCUCUGUAGACAAGACUGAGCUAGAUGGACCAAUAGUCUGACUCGGUAUGAGGCGGCUUCCUUUGUUCCUGUGUCUUGUUCGGAAGCCGGGGAUAGAAUCUGUGUACGGCAGCGGUUCCCAACCAGGGUUCCUCCAGAUGUUGCUGAACUACAACUCCCAGCAUCCCC